UUUACAAGUCCUUUUUCUCUCUUUCCGUCUCUCUCUCUGGUUUUCUCUCUCCUCUCUCUUGCCCUCUUCUCUCACCUAGGUUUCUCUCUCCUCUCUCCUCUCUCCUCUCUCUCAACCCAGGGAGCUUUGUUUACCAACAAGUCUGCAAUGCCGCUUUUUUGGAAAUUACAUAUACUAAGGACGUGAUCCGUGUGGUUUCUUUAUUGCUAAAUGUGUGGUCUUUCAGGAUUUUAUUGCACUAUUGUCAGGACUGCAAUCCCAUGUGGGGUGAAAUAGAAAUAUACCAAGAAUUUUAUCUAUGUACUUCUUUGUUGAGGCCAAAUUUGUGCUAUUACUGGAUUUUUUAGCAUUAUUAUUCGCACUGGUGUGCCCUUUUGAGGAAAAUACAAUCGUAGUAAAGAUUUGAUAUGUGUGGUUUUAUGGCCCAUUUCUAGUUUUGAUGGACGACGACGGAGGAUUGAAUAUGCGGAACUGGGGCUAUUAUGAGCCUUCGUCCCUCAAAGGGCAUCUUGGUCUGCAGCUCAUGUCGCCUAUGGCAGAGCGAGACACAAAGCCUUUCUUAUCUGGGCGUGAUCAUCAUGCUGCGUUAUUAAACUCCAAUAGAGCAUUCCACCCUCGCGAUUGUGUGGUUUCUGAGCCGGCUUUGCACAUGGAUUACAUGAGGGGCAGUUGGAUAAACCAGCGAGACAGAUAUCUGAAUAUGUUACCAGGAAAUCCUAAUUUUGGAAUGAUGCCCAAUCCGGAACCUUCCUCAAGUCAUCCCAUGCAUAUUUUACAGCCUCCUGAUUCGCCAGAGGAUCCAAGGGUGGGCAUUGAAGAUCAAGGGAUCACAAAGGAAGCUGGCUCUUCGAAAAAGAGGAAAAGUGGAAACACCCCAAAAACCCCUAAACCAAAGAGGAAGAAAGGGCCCUCUGUGCCUAAAGAGAAUGGAAAUUCUUCACUUAAACGAGUGAAAGCACCUCAGAAGAGCAUGGAUGUUGUCAUAAAUGGAAUCGAUAUGGACAUUUCAGGUAUACCCAUACCCGUUUGCUCAUGUACAGGGACCCGUCAACAGUGUUACCGAUGGGGAUGUGGCGGUUGGCAAUCGGCUUGUUGUACUACAACUAUAUCCAUUUACCCCUUGCCAAUGAGCACAAAAAGACGUGGAGCAAGGAUAGCUGGAAGGAAGAUGAGUCUUGGUGCAUUCAAGAAGGUUUUGGAGAAACUUGCGGCAGAAGGCUACAAUUUCUCCAACCCGAUUGAUCUGAGGACUCACUGGGCAAAACAUGGUACCAACAAGUUUGUGACAAUCAGGUAGAUUUUCGGUUGUUGGUUAUCUUGAUUGGACCCCACAUGGCAUCUGGUCUGUUUCACAUGUGUAAAUUUAUGUGGCCUGUUGCGGAGGUUUAUCUGGUACUUUGUAGUCACGAUACGUGUUUUCAACCUUUUGACAUCUUGGAUGCUCCAAGAUUGUUGCUUAAUUUUUUCCUGUUUGUGUUCAAAGGCUACUAAUUUUUGGGCCUUAAGAUGUAGGAUCGUUCAUGGGUUUUUAUUUGUUGAACCAUUUGGAGAUAAUAUCCUUUCAUCUUUAAUCUAUGCUAACUAGAAUUCGUAACUCAA